AGAUGUCAAAAAUCGGCGCCAAAUCAGUCUCCCAGUCAGAUUUUGGGUAAUUUGUAAAUUACAACUUCAAUAAUUUUUAUAAUCAUGGAUUUUAGUAUAAAAAGGAAAAUAACCAAAACACCUGUGACAGGUAGUUUGGUAGAGACGUAUCCCCACGAUCUUCAAAUGUACAAGAUUCCACCAAUUGAGGAUAUAAAGCUACAAGAAUUUGAAACGCUAGCAUUGGAAAGGCUUACAUUACUAAGAAGUCUAGCUUCGGCUACAACUCUUCAAGGUAAGCGUACGAAUUCCAGGGAAUGGGCGGAGUGUGUUAUAGCUGACUUGAAAAAGCAGGGCUUGAAAUACUAUGCAAGACUAUGUGAAAAAUCAGCAUGUGGCACCACAGAAGAUGAUUUGCAAUCAAGGCGCAAAGAUCAUAUAGCACACUUCAUACUCAGAUUAGCGUAUUGUAGAACUGAAGAACUCCGCCGAUGGUUUAUCGCUCGUGAACUAGAGUUGUUUAGAAUGCGAUUCACAAUAAUGAGUAGCGAUGCCAUUGAUGCCUUCUUUAAAAUAAACAACCUGUGCUAUACAAGUAUACCUGAUGAAGAAAAAACUGCGGUGCUGCAGUAUCUAAGAGAAUCAACACAUUAUGUGCAUCAGAAUAUAGAUAAUAUAAAUUUUUACAAAGUGAAAUUUUAUGAAGUUCUUGAUCUUGUUAAGCUUAGGAGGGUGUAUCUUCAAAGAGGGUAUGCUUACAUUCCACACAAAGACUUUGUGUCAGUCUUGUCAGCACAGUUUCGGACCCAGUUGAGGCAAAGUCUAGCAGUUGCUUGUCAUCAUCUUGGUGAAAUAGAGCAGGAUGAGAGACUUGUUGGUUUGUUGAAGGGUCUUCAUCAGACAUACACAGGAAAUGAUUACAGUAAUACAAAAUCUACCAUUCCUAUAGAAAGCCUUGAUUCAUUAUCUGUGAAAUCUUUCCCAAUGUGUAUGAGACAGCUACAUGAGCAAUUGAGAUUAGCUCAUCACUUGAAACACGGAGGCAGGCUUCAGUAUGGAUUGUUCUUGAAAGGCAUUGGUGUCACUUUGGAAGAUUCCUUGAGGUUCUGGAGAGAGGAGUUCACUAAAAUAAUGGAGUUGGAUAAGUUUGAGAAAGGAUAUGCAUAUAAUGUUAGAUACAAUUAUGGUAAAGAAGGAAGUAAAAAGAACUAUUCACCAUUCAGUUGUCUAAGGAUUAUCAAUGAGACAAUUGGACCUGGAGACUGCCAUGGCUGUCCAUACAGACAUUGUGAUAUUAGUAAUUUGAAGAAUAAAUUACAAGGCUACGGACUGGCAUCGCAAGCUGUUUCAGAUAUAGUGGAGAUUGUUAAAAAGGGGCACUACCAAGUUGCAUGCAGUAAAUACUUUGAUACCAUCCACAAUGUUGAUAGUGGAUUGGGAAUAAAUCAUCCCAACCAGUUCUUUGAAGAGAGCCAGAAAAUAAUCUCUGGUGCGGUUAAAAUAGAAGUAAACAAAGAAGCAAAAGUAAAUGUAAAGAAAGAACCUGAUAAUGAUAUUGAAAACAUGGACUUUGAUGAAAUAAUGACAGCAUAAGUGUUAAUAAUAUACAAAUAAUGAUUAAUAUUUAAGGCUACACAUUAGCAAAUUAUGUAUAUGGUUAAGCUCAACUAUUCCAAAAAUCUCCUAUCCAAUAUCAGUUGAUCUGAUCAAUUACUUAAAUAUUGUUAGUAUGUAACACAAGUUGUGACAAUAAAAACAGCAUUUAUAAAAAUUC